AUGUCUGAGGCAAAGCACCUGUUUGACACUGUCGAGGACGCUCUGGCUGCGUUCAAGAAUGGCGAAUUCCUCAUUGUGCUUGACGACGAGUCCCGCGAAAACGAGGGAGAUCUUAUUAUUGCCGCCGAGCAAAUCACCACCGAAAAAAUGGCCUUCCUGGUCAAGCACUCCUCGGGUUAUGUCUGCGCUCCGUUAACCAACGAGAUUGCCGACCGCCUGAAACUGCCCCUGAUGGUGCCCCGUGGUGACGACCUGCACAAAACAGCGUACACCGUCACCUGUGAUUUCAAGGAGGGCACUUCUACGGGUAUCUCCGCACACGAUCGAGCUCUGACGUCCCGCAAGUUGGCUGAUCCCACCACCCAGGCCUCUCAGUUCAAUCGCCCUGGCCACCUUUGUCCUCUGCGAGCCGACGAUGGCGGUGUUGUUGCUCGCCAAGGACAUACCGAGGCUGCGGUUGAUUUGUGCCGUUUGACCGGCCAGGCACCUGUCGGUGUUAUUUGCGAGGUUGUUCGUGACUCCGACGGCUUGAUGUCCCGCCGCGAUGACUGCCUCGAGUUUGCCAAGGCCCACAACAUUAAGGUUAUCACCAUUGAGCAGCUCGUCAACCACAUCAAAUCCCGAAAAAACUAA